AUGCUUUUGUCGGAUACUCUAUCGGAUGUCCUGCAGUAUGAGCCAACAAACCUCAACUCGACGUUGUAUCUGCAGAUCACGCGAAUCAUUCGGUUGGCUGGUCAGUCUGUGGACGAUGUCAGCAUGCGCUAUUUUCGGGGAAUUCAUACCUUCAUCCCUGUCAUAUCGCCCUGUCGUUUCCAUCAAGAGGUGCUGCACUCGAGUACAUUGCCCUCCGCGAAGUUCUCAUUAUUGCUGUUGUCUAUGUGCCUCAUUACAUAUCAUCCUGGGCUAGCAAAAGGUUCAUCCGCCAUUGACCACACCACUCUAUAUUUAACUACGAAAUCUCUUUACACCCAAAUCCAGAGUUUGUUCCCACCUUCGUUGCAUCUCAUACAAGCAGGCAUCAUCAUCGCUAGCUAUGAGUAUGCGACUAAUAAAAUUAACGAUGCUUUUGCUUCUAUUGCGGUCUGUGCAAGGAUGGGCUACGCUGCUCGCUUGCACCUUACCAACCUUGUAGAAGGGUUAGACCCCAUGGAGUAUUUGCAAGCCGAAGAAGAAUUUAGCACAUGGUGGGGAAUUGUCACUACUGAAAGGAUUAUCUUUUGCGAAGUGAACACCGUUCACCAGCCUCUCAUAUCCAGAUGUCCGGAUAAAGAACUCCGACUACCCAAGACUAUGUCGCAAAAAUGGAACCAAGCUCCUUCCCCGGAAGCUCUCACCCCAGAGGCCAAUUCCAUAGGCCCACCCUUUGUUGAAAGUGAUGGAUACGCAAGUGUGACCCAGGCUGCGUGGCUUCUGGACCAAGUCUUUGAAAGCCUAGAUGAGCAAGACCUUGAUACCCGAUUAGUCCGACUCGAUAGACUUGACCAUGCUUUGCAAACAUCUCUAGCCCUUACCAUGGAACAGUCCCAAGGGCGAUGGGGGCUAUUCUGCACGGCGAACGCCAUAAUGAUUAGGGCCCUUUAUAUCAUACAUAGACACGUCAUCGAGAUCACAGCGGAGAUGACCCCUUCACCAGAGAAGUCUCCAGACCAAUGGCGCGAUAGAUCCUAUAUCGCACUCGAGACGAUCACACAAAUGACACAGGAUAUUGCAAUUACUCAAAACGAUAUGCCCCUUGAAGAGAUGGAUGCGCUGCCACCUAGCCGUGCCUUUGUUCUCAGGUCAGCGUUGCGGUAUCUCGAUGAUCUUGGGGUGAAGUAUACACCAAGCACCUGUAUCCUUCCUGACCAAGCGGAAUUGAAUCCAAACUUCUGUGAUGCCGAUGGAUAG